UAGCUUGUCUCUUUUAUUCCUCUUUUCUUUUCUGAGUGUUCCCAUUUCCUGUGGACUUAGCGUUUACCCAGUUUGCAGAGCAAAGAAAUGGAAUAUUAGAAGUUAGAACCUGUCUUCUUUGGCUUGCUAUAUAAUAUUUCCAUUUGUAUAUUAACCAUUAUUCAUUAAAUCAUUGACUCACUCACUUCCAAGUGAAAACAAUGCCAGAGUCUUUUCUGUUCAAUACUGCAGAGAGCAUUUUGGAGAAAUUGGCCUCUCUUGCUCUUGAAGAAUUUUUAUUGGCAUGGGGGAUUGAAGAUGACCUUGAAAAAAUUAAAGAAAUGUUACUUGCUAUCAAAGCUGUGCUUUCUGAUGCAGAGAAGCGUCAAUCCCAGGAUCACCGGAUAGAGUUUUGGCUUGGAAAGCUUAAAGAUGUCCUUUAUGAUGCAGAAGAUGUGAUUGAUGAGUUCCGCUGUGAAGCUUUGCGCAGGCAAGUGGUGAAAUCUGGAAGCACUACGAGGAAGGUGGGCUUCUCUGAACCAAAGGAACAGCUUGAUUGCUGGUGUUGUGGCCUUUCAACAAAAAUUAUCAGCCAACCAAUGUUAAACGUUCAAUUAGUGCGUUUUUAGCUUUCCAGUAAAGUGCGUUUUUCCAGGAAUGGAAUUGUGUUUUUAUCCACACGGGAGUUGAGGUUACUUAACAUCCUGACCAUCAUGUUGUUAGUUCCAUUUUCAUUCUUACUGUGUUAUUAUUUAUGAUUUUCCGUGGUUUGUGGAUUUGAGUAUUUUAUGUUUUUUAGUGUAAUUGUAUUAAUGUUGUACUACAUACUUGUAAUAUUGUACUUGUAUAAAAGAAGUCCUUUAAAAAUUAAGGGUAUGUCAUUAAUUUUUAAGUGCGUAA